AUGCCUUUUAAUAAACGUACGAUUGAACCGAUUAAUUUAUGUCAGGCACAAUUGCCUAAAGGCGUACAAAACGAAUUAGAAUGUGUGGCAAAUUUAACAUUAGCCAAUAUUAUUCGGCAAUUGAGUUCAUUAAGUUCAUUGGCGCAAGAUAUGUUUGAUGAAUUAACAGCAGACGCUAUUCAUAUCUUCCAACGAACGGAAGCGUUACAUGGAAGAAUAGAAAGACUUAAAAUAAAAGCUACACAACUUGAUUCGAAUGUUGAAGAAGUCACAAUUCAAGAUGUGAAUAAUCGAAAACCGUUCGUUAGUGUAACGAAAAUUGAUCAGCAAAUUGUAAACCGAUCAACAAUGCCGAAAUCAGUAGGAAUGUUAUAUGACAAAGCUGAACCAGCUCCAGCAUUACAUCUACUUAAUCCUUACAGAGAUGAUGGACGUGAUUGUAUGAAAUUUUAUACGGAUCCAUCGUUUUUCUUCAAUUUAUGGAUGCAAUCUAUGAUGCAAUUUCCGCCAAAUACUCGCACGCAAAAACAAGAACGCAUUCGAUCUCCAAAGGUCAUUAAUAAACCACCUCCGUUGAAUGAUACAGUAUACAUUAGUUCUCCGACUCGUCUCCGUUCGCAAGACGAACGAUCCUCGUAUCGUAGUCCUCAUGAAUUAGGUUUAUAUAUGCAGUCCAAUAGAGAUUUUGAGCAAAUAGCACGUGCAACAGUUAGAGCACAAUGUCAACAACAAUCUAUUUAUUCGUCUUCCCCGUCUUCUUCGUCCGUUACCCCCAUAAAUAACCGUAUGUUAUCAAUGAUGAAAUAUAGCAAUCAAUCAAGUCCAAACGAACUUUAUGAUGAUAUGCGCAGUCCAAAACUGAACGGUCUCUAUCGUGAUCCUCAGCAACAACAAUCAGUCGCAAUGAUGACAAAUGGCAAUGGUAAUAAUAACCCUUAUUAUACUACGAAAUCACCUGGCAUGCAGUCUCUAGUUCAUCAACAAUCGCCGCAAUUUGAUCAUCAGUCACCUCGUUUAUUGCAUUCAUCUGUGCAACAACCUCCAGUUAUGCGAGCAGCAACAUCCACCCCGCAACAACAGGCAAUACAUAAACAAACAACGAACAUGCCAUUUUCGCGACCAUCUUUAGUUAGCCGUCCAAGCUGCAGUCCUCCACCCCCACCUCCGCCUCCGCCUCCAAUACAGCAAGCAGACUCACCGAUGUUAGCUACUAUAUCGGAAAUCGACAAUCUUCCACCUCCACCCGACGAUUUUAUUCAUCAUCAUCAUCAUUAUCAACAAGAUGAUACACAAACGUUUGAUAAAAAGCGAUCACAAAUGGAAGAGCAGCAUGCUACAACAAAGCCUUCUAAGACACCAUCGCCAUCGGUACCACCUGCUCCUCCCUUCCCAUCUGUUCUCCAUGGUUUAGUAAUGAACGUAUCAACACAUACCAGCCCGAAUACAAAUCAACUGCAACAGCAAACCUCGGACAAUGUUCAAACAUUAGCAACACAGUUUGAUGAAAUUUCAAUUGCGUCUGAAAGUUCGAUGGGCAUUCAAGAUCCACGACCGGUUGUCAUGAGAGAUUUACAUUCUGAUUUAUUAGAAGCAAUUAAAAACGGUAUUCAUUUACGUAAAACAGAAGUUCGUAAACGUAAAGAAGAAGAAAAGAAAAAAGAAACAUCUGGUCUCGAUGUACAAUCCAUAAUGGAAAUGGCUGCAAAAUUUCGUCGAGAUAAAAUUCGUCCUCAAUCUGACUCAGAGAAUGAAGAAGAUUCAGCCCAUUGGGAUUCGGAAGGAUGA